GCUGCGUCUUCUCUCAUGAAACUUGCAGAGUUUCGCGUGCUAGGCGAACUAACUGGAGAAAUUUACGCUUCCCUCUCAAAAGCAUUAUCCUCUGCAUCGAAUCCCAAACAUCUUCGCGAAGUCCACUCGCUGAUAAUCACUUCAGGAAAAGAUCAAAUUGUUUUCUUCGCUGGCAAUCUGAUAAGCAAGUAUGGUCAGCUCAAAGAUCCCAUCAGUUCUCUCUCUGUCUUUAACCGUAUAUCACCCACAACUAACGUUUACGCGACGAAUUCAGUCAUUAGAGCUCUUACCCGAAACAAUUUGCACUCCAAAGCCCUUGAUUUUUAUGUCAAAAUGAAAAGUACCAAGCUUGAGCCUGAUACAUGUACCUUCCCUUCUGUUAUCAAUGCCUGCGCGGCAAUGGCGGAUGUUGAGAUGGGAAAUGCAGUUCAUGGACAAGUUUUGCUAAUGGGUUUUGGUUCUGACUUGUAUAUUGGGAAUGCUUUGGUGGACAUGUAUGCGAGGUUUGGCGAUCUGGGUAAAGCACGCAGGGUGUUUGAAGAAAUGGUUGAGAGGGAUGCUGUUUCAUGGAAUAGUUUGAUUUCGGGGUAUGCUGCAAAUGGAUAUUGUGAGGAGGCUUUGGAAAUCUAUCAUCAGGCGAGAAUGGCUGGUUUGGUGCCUGAUUCUUUCACCGUUUCCAGUGUUCUGCCAGCCUGUGGAGGUUUGGUUGCUGUUGACGAGGGUAAGGCGAUUCACGGGUUGGUGGAGAGGAUUGGGAUAGGUAGAGAUGUUAUCGUGAGCAAUGGGUUGAUUUCAAUGUACUUCAAAUUCGAUAGGUUAGAAGAUGCCACAAAGGUUUUUGAUAAGAUGGUCUCUAGGGACACUGUCAGUUGGAAUACACUAAUUUGUGGGUAUUCUCAAUUAGAGUUGUUUGAGGAGUCAUUAAAGUUGUUUAUGGAGAUGGUGAAUAAAUUUAAACCAGAUAUGUUAACCAUUGCAUCUGUUCUCCGCGCUUGCGGCCACUUAAGGGACAUUGGAUCUGGAAAAUUUGUUCAUGAUUAUAUGAGAAGAUAUGGAUUUAUGUGUGAUGUUACCACCAGUAAUAUUCUUAUUGAUAUGUAUGCAAAGUGUGGUGAUUUAUUUGCUUCAAGGGAAGUAUUUGACAAAAUGGAUUGUAGGGAUUCUAUAUCAUGGAACUCAUUGAUCAAUGGUUAUAUUCAAAGUGAUAAUUUAAAUGAAGGACUGAAGCUCUUUAGGAAAAUGAAGAUGCACUUGAAUCCUGAUCCUAUCACUUAUGUGUUGCUCUUGUCAAUGUCUAGUCAGGUAGCUGAUGUGGACCUGGGAAAACAAUUACACUGUGAUAUGGCUAAAAGUGGUUAUGAUUCAGAUCUAGUUGUUAAUAACGCUUUGGUUGACAUGUACGCAAAAUGUGGGGAAGUAGACGAGUCAGAUAAAAUGUUCGAUAGAAUGGAAGUUCGUGAUAUUGUGACAUGGAAUACUGUUAUUGCGGCAUCUGUACAUUCUAAAGAUCUUAGUUUAGGAUUAAGAAUGAUCAGCAGAAUGAGAACUGAGGGGCUGAUGCCAGAUGUGGCCACCAUGUUAGGUAUUUUGCCCAUAUGUUCUUCACUUUCUGCGAAAUUGCAAGGAAAAGAGGUUCAUGGCUGCAUUUUCAAGCUAGGGUUUGAAGAUUACAUUCCAAUUUGCAAUGCGCUGAUUGAAAUGUACUCUAAGUUUGGUCAUUUAAAGAACUCGAUGAGAGUGUUUGAGCGUAUGAAAAUAAAAGAUGUAGUGACAUGGACAACAUUAAUAUAUGCUUAUGGGAUGUGUGGUGAAGGCAAAAAGGCUGUUAGAGCUUUUACGGAGAUGGAAGCAUAUGCUGUUCUUCCUGAUCAUGUUGCCUUUGUCGCCAUCAUCUAUGCAUGUAGCCACUCGUGUUUGGUAAAAGAGGGUAUGGCCUUCUUCCAUCGGAUGAAAAACUACUAUAACAUUGAGCCGAGGAUCGAACACUAUGCAUGUGUAGUAGAUCUUUUAUCCCGAUCUGGGCUUUUAGUUGAAGCGGAAAAUUUUAUCAAUUCAAUGCCAAUGAAGCCAGAUGCCAGUAUAUGGGGAGCUUUACUUAGUGCCAGUCGAGUGAGUGGAGACCUAACAAUUGCAGAACGUGUCUCAGAGCGGAUCAUUGAGUUGGAUUCAGAUGAUACCGGAUCUUAUGUUUUGGUAUCAAAUGUAUAUGCAGCUUUAGGGAAGUGGGAUCUAGUCAAAAAAAUACGCAAAUCUAUAAAAGCUAGAGGAAUAAGAAAAGACCCUGGAUUAAGUUGGAUUGAAAUUCGGAAAAAGGUUUAUGUUUUUGGGAGUGGUGAUAAGUCCUUUGAUCGGUUUGAAGAGGUCCAUAAGCUAUUGGGGAUACUUGCUGGUUUGAUGGCCAAGGAAGGUUACAUUCCUGAUUUUCAAUAUGCGCUUCACGAUGUUGAGGAGGAUGAGAAAAGAGAUAUGCUUUGUGGGCACAGCGAGCGGCUUGCCAUAGCAUUUGGACUGUUAAAUACAGAACCAGGGACCCCUUUGUAUGUAAUGAAAAACCUUCGUGUUUGUGGGGAUUGUCACACAGUGACCAAGUUCAUAUCACGAAUUGCGCAAAGAGAAAUUUUAGUGAGAGAUGCCAACAGGUUCCAUUUGUUCCAGAAUGGAACCUGUAGUUGUGAUGAUCACUGGUGACAAUAUUUUUUGUGAGUGAGAACAUAAAAGGUAAGAGCAUGUGGACCCAAGUUUUACGGCUAAAUGAUACGCAGGUCCAGAUACUUGGAUCGCUAGUUCCCAACAACACAAACCAGAAUACUGAAUAUUUUACUUAAACAGGGCGGAGCAGGAUUGAAACCCUUAACUUUUCCCCGAAACCAGGGCAGAGGGAAGCUAUGAAGAAAGAACUGAAAUGUGUAGAUCUUGUGGGGGCAAAGCAUCUAUGCUGAUAACCCAGCAUGGAGGUUGAACUAAUAAUGAUCUUUUGGAGGCAAGCAUCUAUGCUGAAAAUCUUGGUUUGAAAAACACCAGAGCUACUAAUGUUCUUUCUUCAGUUACUGAUUACAUUGUGCAUGAAGUUUUAGUAAGAAAUUAAUGUCUUUUAUAUUCAGCCGGAGUUGGUUACUCCCCUCUCCCACACUUUGUGAGGUCAUGGGUCGGUGUAGGAUUUAUUCCGAUUUAUCCUGACGAAAUCCUAAGGCUCAC